AAAAUGAUGGGUUUGGGUGCACUCAGAAACAUGAUUCGCCUAUUUGCAAGAACAGUUUUGAAUCGAAGCGUGGAACGUUUUCCUCUCGGGAUUUCAUCAGCUUCAUCAACUUCUUCAACACCAGAGUUAAGGUCCGUUUUCAGUUGGUUUUUGAACCAAUGUUGUCAAUCAUGGAUGAUUAACAGAUCAAAUGAGUUUCAUAGCUUAACCGAUACUCGAUUGCCUAAGAGAAGACCUGGUUUUACUAAUAGAAGGAAGCGAGCUGGCUUGAAACCCCCAGGUCCAUAUGCUUGGGUUCAAUACACACCUGGAGAACCACUACUUCCAAACACACCUAAUGAAGGUAGUGUUAAGAGAAGGAACGAGAAGAAGCGAAUGGGACAGAGAAAGGCGUUUAUAAAGUCUGAAGCAAAGAAACGAAAAGUUCAGGUGCAAGAAGCUAAAAGGAAGAAGAUCGAGAAAAGAGUUGAGCGUAAGAUGGCUGCAGUAGCAAGGGACAGAGCAUGGGCUGUAAGAUUGGCAGAGCUGCAACAGCUCGAGGCAGCUAAAGCAGCGAAAUCGUAA